AUGUCAUCCGAGAAGCUGGGCAAAGAGCUGCAGGCCCUGUACGAGUCCUGCCUAGCAGACGGCCUGACGCAAGCUGAGAUUCGACACGCUGCAGGGGCGUUCGUCUCCAGCCAAACGAAACGUCGCCGAUCGGCCAUCGUCUGCACGGCCGUCGUGCUCUUCCUCCUACUCCUCAGGGACUCCAUCGAGUGGAGGCUCUGCAUGUGCGCCAGGCUUCUGAUGAUUGCCUUGCUACCCUAUUGGAACUGGACGCCAUACCACUACGUGACCUGUCUGGUCGACAAUCCGUUCUUCAGUACCAGGACGAUCAGCACAACCGACUGUCAGGUACAACUCCAGCAGGAACUACUGACCCAGCAACAGCAGCAAGCUCGCAACGCUUCCACAAACGAGGCCGUGUCCACCGGCCCCGCUGAGGACUUGUCGCCCACCACCCAGGCUGUCGCCGCCCCGCUGAACCCCACGGAGCUUGCGCGCCGUAUCGACGACAUCGAUCGACGGCUCACUUCCAUUCAGCAACACCUGGGUGAACGUCUUCCGAUGCGACAGCGCCGCCAUUCGCCAAGCCGCGACCGAAACACCACCUCAUUACCGCCACCUGACAUCAACGGUCCGUGCUACUACCACCGGCGCUUCGGCGACAAGGAAACUCUCAGCUCGGAAGGUGAGCCCUUCAAUGGCCAGUUCCACCGACGAAACCACGACCGCUGCCCGUACGAGUUCGCCAGCUUACUACAGAGAACUUCUGGCGAUAUACGAAGCAGUGCACUUUCAACAACAAUGGUGCAGGUGUGUGAAGAUCUACGUGGAGCGGUGAGGGUGGACGGGUUCGAGCCACAGGCGUUGCUCGAAGAUUUCGUGGACAACCUGGUGCCGCUCGUGGUCAGUGAGGACAUGAGCCAGUGGCCAUCAGCCACGACGUCGUUUGCGCUCACCAACGUCACGCAGGCGUACCUGGAAGACCAAGUUCUGAAGGAGGCCGCCGUAUGCAACUUCCGCAGCAACCGCCGUCUGGGCUUCGAUGCCUUUCUGCGCAGCUUCACGACCUCCAGCGGAUGGUUCGCCCACUGGGAGAACUGCGACCGCUCGGGCCAGAAGCAUCUGCGCCAGUUCUACCGGCGCCCCUCGUUCCUACCUCUCGCCGUCGAGCUGACGCGGCCCAACUGGGUCAUCGCGUCGCGGGGAUUCAGCGGGCGCCGAUUCAAGCAGCUUGAUUUCGAAGCUGGCAGCACCCUGGUUUGGUUCGCUCAAGUCAAAGGCCUCAAUUACAUUCGCCUGGUGCCAGAAUCCGUCUGCUCGGGCAUUUGUCAAGAGCUGGAACUACUGCUCGACGCAAGAGAUAUACUGCUCGUGCACACGAGUCUGUGGAGAGUGCACUACCUGCCAGGAGAGGAUUCCGAGAACAUCGCAUUUGCUGCUGGAUGCUUCAUUUCGGAAUGAUGU